GGCGCGACAGCUGCGCUCCUAAGCGCCUGGUUCCCCACUGCUCUACACUUGCCAUCAUGCUGAGGACUGCUGUUUUCGUCUUUAUCGCGUGCUGCGCGCUUUCAGCGCUGUCAUUGGCUGGAGACACAAACAAAUCCAAACCUUCAGCAACUGUCGCCCCUGCAAGUCAAUUUGACAGCUCCUCUCAGGCUCCCAGUCCAAACACCACCACCACCACCAGCAAGCCUCCAAAGACCACCACGACCACGAAGCCUCCAAAGACCACUACCACCACCACGAAGCCUCCAAAGACCACCACCACCACGAAGCCUCCAAAGACCACUACCACCACCAAGGCUCCAACCACCACCAAGCAUCCAAACACCACCACCACCACCACCAAGGCUCCAACCACCACCAAGCAUCCAAACACCACCACCACCACCAAGGCUCCAACCACCACCAGCAAGCCUCCAAACACGACUACCACGGUUUCACCAAAGCCCACACCUAGACCCUCCGCUGGCUUGACCGUAGGAUACUACAAUAUCACAAAAAACAAAAAUGAGACCUGCCUGAGGGCUCAGAUGGCGCUGCAGAUCCGAGAAGUAUCAACAAAUACAAUCUUCAUUGUUCAGCCAAAUCUAACCCGUACAAGUGGAAGUUGCAAUGAAAACAGCGCCAACCUUCGGAUUUCCUUUAAAGAGGGCUUCAUUAACUUCAGCUUCAUCAAGAAUGUUUCUAAUAACAUCGUCUACGUUGAUGCCGUGUCUUUCAGCCUGAAUUACCCUUUAACCACAGGAGGUUCAACUUACAAUGCCAUCAACAAGUCAGUCCAUCUGUUCCCUGCACAGAUUGGACACUCCUACUCCUGCAUGGCUGAUUCUAUUUACAUGGGCAACAACCUGUCCCUGGAUGUAAAUUCUGACAGAAUGCAAGCCUUCAAUCUGACCAAGAACAACUUUGGCGAUGCUGACCACUGUCCUGCGGACCAGCGUAGUUACAAGGUUGCCAUUGGAGUGGGAGUGGCACUGCUGGUGCUCAUCGUGGUGGUGGUAGUGGCCUAUCUGGUGAGCCGCAAGAGGAGGACCGAUGGCUACCAAUCCCUGUGAGGGGGGUUGGCCAGAAAGGGAUAAGCAGUUACUGGGACCUUCUUAGGUGGAUGAAGGGGAUCUUUACUGAAACCUGUCAUUUCUGUCCUUGUCUCCUAAUUUAACUGGUUGAUGGUUAGUUACAGUUUUCAUUCAGAGGUAUGUGUGCCACUUUAAACAGGUUCAUUGUACAAUUUGAGAAUAUAAAGGAUUUUAAAUUUAGUUUUAAAAGUUUUAAAUGUAGAUCAAUUUAAAUAACAAAUGCAUACUGGUUUUCAUUUUAUUGUCACAGCCACACACUCUACACUCCAUACAGUCAGGUUUUGAAGCGCCAGUAUGACAAGUCAAGCGCUUACUUUGUCAUUUAAUGCCAGUUGCUAGAAUGUUUAAUUGUGUCAUUAUGGUACAUAAGCAGUGUUUGGAUCACGGAGUUGUAUCCCACCCCGAUGAGUGAUCAUUAUCCUGUUCACAGAUAAAAACUGACCAUAAUGUCUCAUCAGAAUCAGGCUGUGUAUUUUCUUUGACAACCCACAGCCAUAGUUGCGUGUUACUUUGAUUCAUUAUUGACAACAGCAGCCCCCCGUUAUGAGUCAUAAUUCAACUGUUGCUAUCACUUAACUCAAGAGUUGUGAAGUAAAAGUCAUUUUAAUCAUCUUUUCUUUUAAAAUUAGAAGCAUUACUGAUUUUUUUUUAACUGUUACAGAAUGUUGUAUUAAAUGUUUGUUUUGUUUUUUUAAUCACAUUUUGUAUGCUCUUAAUUUUAUUUUCAUAAAAAGGGGGGUGAUGUUAAUACUGUGUUGGGAUCAUUAGCUAUCAUCAGCUGAAGGGAUCAUUAGUUGUUGCACUGAUCGUUGUCUCACCCUACUUUCUUUGCCUUUGUCAAACUGUAGUGGAGUGGAGCCUCCAUGUUGGUCAAUAAUGACUUUAGUCUAAUCCUGAUAAGAUUUUUAAUGGCUCACGCACGUUUUCUUUGGUGUUUAUGCCGAAUAAACAACAAUGACACAAGGGAACCACUAAUUGGCAGUAGGGAACUAUGCAGUUUAAACAACAGUAACUUAAAGUAAGCUGUUCAUUUGCAUUUUGGGUUCAUUUGUGUUUCUAAUUUGGAUGGCAGAUAAAGAACAAAUGUAUGGUUUAUUGUGGCUUAUUCUGAAGUGCUCAAAGUUGUCAGUAAGAGUAGAGAAAUAUGUAAUUGACAGUCCAUUUAAAUUUUAGAGCGUAUAAAUGUUGAACAGCAGAUUGUUUUGUUUAAAAUUCCUGCAACACAGAGAAGUGAGAGGACAUCUGAACCCACUCAAUCUAUGUAUGUUUGGAGUUUUUUAAAAAGAAAGAAAGCAAAAGAAUGUCAGUGCUAUUACAUUUAACUUUUGAAAUGCACAAGCUAAAUUUCUCUGUAGGUUUGAAGCGGGGAAGUAAAAAGCUCAGAGAGAUGUCUCAAGAAUUGAACAAAUGCAACCAAAACCUUCUGCGUGCCACCAUAGCACCAUACUGUACCAACAAAGGAGUAUCUCUCCUGGUGUCAAAUGUAUUCAUGUGAACCAACUCUUCAGUAAUACUUUUAAUGAUUCUUCGUGUGCUUUUUUGAUGUAAUAAAAAGGGAUGUUGUGAUGUUAUAACUGUGUCAGUGACUGGCAGCUCCACUCUUACUGUCAGGGCUGACAGAGGCUGUGAAAUGAAGACAUCAGCAGAAAAGUUAGACUUUACUGUUGUGCACAGCAUGUGAGCACUUUGUACCUCGUUUUUACGCCCUUUUCCAAUAAAAAUGAUUAUAUUAUUUCUAAAUAUGUGUCUGUGCUGAUGGUAUCACAAAACUGUAGAGGGCAUAGCAGCCGUAGCUGUCGUGGAACAACUGCAUUCUCCACAUACUUUUUUUUCCCCUCAAAAAAAAAAAAAAUUUUCCUUUCUUAUCGUGGCCCUAAUACUCUUCGUAGAAAAAUCAUAUCUACAAAAGCCCUCUUUCCCCCCGAAUCCAACUUAGAGAUUAGUGUUGGAAACAGCAGAGAGAAAGAGCAUCUUAAAACCAAAAACAGAGUAGCUGAGAUCAUAAUAAGCAAGAAUGGCAAACUUUAGCUUUCUUAUCUUGUCUUUGUAUUAUUUUCGGUCAGGUAGUCAGGAAUAACUGAAAAAAAAGCAAACAUAGCAGCGCUAAAUACGUGUCAUGAUCAAAACACUGUGGGAAAACUGCACUUGUACUCGGAGGUCAUCCUCUUGGUCCGUCCCCAAGAGGAUACAGCAGCUCGUGCCAAAAAGUGAUUUCCAGUGUUUACAGGUGUUUUUAUUAUAUGUAAUGUCUUCACUUAUAUUGGUAAAUAGACUAAAGUGAACAGGAUUUACAAAGAGGUUAUAUGGUAAGAUGGUCAUCUUACUUAUCAGGUUGUUUGCUCACUGUAAUUUUAUACAUAGCUCUGUGCAAUUUUUCUAUACAUAUUUCUGUACAUUGUUACAUGUAUAUACGAAC